GUGACUUAGUAGAAAUUAAAUCUUUGUGGUAAAAAUGCCUAGAAGAAAACCUAUACUUAAAAUAAUAAUUUUAGGCGAUAGCGGAGUAGGCAAGACUUCACUCAUGAACCAAUUCAUCAAUAAAAGAUUCACCAACCAAUACAGAGCCACAAUUGGAGCCGAUUUUUUAACGAUGGGAAUAACUGUGGAUGAUAAGGAAGUAACUCUGCAGAUAUGGGAUACAGCUGGUCAGGAGCGGUUCCAGAGUCUUGGAACGGCGUUUUACAGAGGAGCUGACGGCUGUAUGUUAGUGUACGAUACUACAAAUCAGAAGACGUUCGAGUCUAUCGAGUCGUGGAAGUCGGAAUUUCUCAUUCAAAUUGAUCCCAAAAGCCCAGAUACGUUCCCGUUUGCACUCGUCGGGAAUAAAAUCGACGAUACAGAAAAUAAAAAAGUUAGCACCAAUAAAGCACUCAGCUGGUGUAAAGCUAAUAAUGAUAUUCCACUCUUCGAAACAAGCGCGAAGACGUCUUUGAAUGUGGCAAAUGCAUUUAACGAAAUCGCAAAGAGGGCAGUGCUGAGGGACAUUCAAGACGACGAAGUUUACAUCCCAGAAACGUUACUUUUGGAUCGGAGAAACGUACAACGAUCCGCCGGGAACUGUUCCGGAGGAAUCUCCAACCUCGCACAGUGCCUUUCCUAACACUUUCACAACCCUUCCCACCUUACUACCCUCAAUUCUAACUCUCAAUUCUUAUACUCAAUUGUAUACU